AUGUCGCCUGAGUCUCGUCCUGAGUCGCCUGUCCGCACUGCUCUCUCUAGUAGUCGAGUCCAGCGUCAGCGUCUUCCUGCUGUCCCAGGCACUCACCGGAUGGCGCUUCGUUCGUCCACUGCUCCACAGCGUGUCCCACUACCAUCUCCUCCUGCUUCCUCUCUUCCUGCUCUUGCUGACCCAGGGUCAGACUCUCUUCGUGCUACCAGUCCUACUGUCACGCGUCUCCUGGCUACUGUUGUCAGUGACCCUUCCUUUGAGUCUGCUGCUGCGUCUGCCUUAGUUGCUGAGCUUGUCGACUUUGCUGCUCGCUGUCGUCUAGACUACGCUGCUAGCCUAGUUGCUGAGUCUGAGUCUGUCUGUCCUCCGUCCGUCAGGGGUGAGUGUGCUCUUGGCACGGACGUCCUUGAGGACAGGCAGGAGGAGUUUGAGUGCUUUGCUGCCGCUUUGCCCCAUCUCGUGUCCAUGCUUGUUGCCCCUGAGGGAGACCCAGAUGCACCAAACAUCCCGACCCCACGCUCUUACGCAGAGGCGAUGGCCGGUCCCUACUCCUCUCAGUGGCAGUCAGCCAUGGACACAGAGAUGGCUUCCUGGAAGUUCAUAGGCACCUACGUCGACGAGGUUCCCCCACCUGGGGCGAACAUCGUCAGUGGCAUGUGGAUUUUCAGGGUGAAGCGGCCGCCGGGCUCUACGCCUGUCUUCAAGGCGCGUUACGUUGCACGAGGCUUCAGUCAGCGAGAGGGAGUUGACUUCUUCCAGACCUUCUCCCCGACCCCAAAGAUGACCACUCUUCGGGUUCUGCUGCACGUCGCCGCUCAGCGUGACUACGAGCUCCACUCGCUUGACUUCAGCACUGCUUUCCCGCAAGGCAGCCUGCACAAGGAGAUCUGGCUGCGCCGUCCACCUGGCUUCACUGGGUCGUUCCCUCCUGGUACCCAGUGGAGCCUCCCACGGCCAGUCUACGAUCUCCGCCAGGCGCCUCGUGAGUGGCACGACACACUGAGGACUACGCUUGCGGCUCUUGGGUUCGCGUCUUCUACUGCUGACCCGUCGCUGUUUCUACGCACCGACACCUCACUGCCGCCGUUCUACGUCCUUGUGUACGUUGACGACUUGGUCUUUGCUACUGCUGACACUGUGGCACUCGCCCACGUGAAGUCGGAGCUCAUUCUUGCACGCUAUGUCGCUCCCGGCCGUCACCGGAAGGAGCACGUGGAUGCAGCUAAGAGGGUGUUGCGCUACUUGUGCAGUACGUCGGGCAUGGGGCUAGUGCUUGGAGGGCGAGUCCCAGUUGUUCUCACUGGGCACUCAGACGCUUCUUCGGCUGACGACCAGGCUACUCAGCGGUCGUCUCAGGGUUUCUCUUUCAGUCUUGGCUCUGGUUCUGUUUCUUGGCGUUCUACUCGCUCUUCUUCUGUUCUCAGCUCCAGUUGCGAGGCUGAGAUCUACGCCACAGCCAUGGCGGCCCAGAGCUACGCUGGCUCACCUACUUGCUGA